AUUUACACGUUCAAUCUCCACGAACUAAUCAAACACUAUUAAAUUCUAGUUUUUAAUACCAUAAAUAAAUAAAUAAUGCUUUUCUCGGUUUUUCUUCUUUUGAUAUAUAUUACUUUGGUUCUGCUUUCAACCACCUCCGAUCUCCAUCUCAAACCCAACUCAAAGCCAACUCUUUUUACCAGCUAACCCAUUUUGGAAUCAUCCCAAAAGAUCUGUAAAAAGAAAUGGUAGAUUUUCUUCAUCUCUAUCCAUCUCUUUGAAAGCAGGAAAAAAAAUAGAAGCUUUAGUUUAUUCACUUGCUUAUGUCUUUAUUCAAUAUCUCUGCUUUGCUUUGCAUGGUUUUCUGGCAUCUGGGUAUUUUUCUUCUUCCGAUUUGAAGCUUGCCCAUUUCGUUUUUUCCUUAAUAAUUCCUGUAGUGGGUCGGAUUUUUUUAGAUUGGAAUGCUUGAGUUUUGUGUUUGAAGAUUGAAUGUGAAAUGCCUUGACUUGUUCUUCUUUGAGAUUCAAGAAAUUUGAGCAGGUGGGUUUUGUGUUUUGGGAAGUUUUAAUCAUUUUGAUAUGAUAGUUUUGGGGUUUGGUAGUUAUGGGAUUGAGAAUACUGUUUGUGGAGAGAUGCAAUGGUUUGAAUCUUGAUUUGGUAUUAUCAUGCUCACUAUGAAUAGUUUCCAAAAACCUUGGUGGUGGUCUUGUCGAUUAAGAUGGUUACUUUCAACAGGAGUAUUUCAUUGAAUAGAAAUGUGUCAUAUAAUAGGAAUGUUUCAUUCAAUCGAAAGGCAUUGAAUGUAGGAAGCCCAAGGAUCAAUCGGUUGAAUUCAGUCUCUCGUUUAUUCAAGCUACUUGUAGUGAUAGGUUCAUUGCUUUCAUUCAUUAUAGCCUUUCUUUGUGGUUACCAUUAUUUGCUCCCAGCCUUAAAUGUGUAUGGUAAUAUUUCCACUUUUAAUAAUUCUGAAAGUGGAAGUAGUUGCAAUGUGCUUGAUGGAAAUUGGGUCUUAGACAAUCGUUAUCCAUUGUACAAUGCAACAGAAUGUCCCUUUGCAGAACGAGGAUUCGAUUGCUUGCGUAAUGGUAGGGAAGAUGAUGAUUAUCUUAAGUGGAGUUGGAAGCCUAGGAACUGUAAUUUUGCAGCAUUUAAUGUGCAAAGAUUGUUGGAACGGUUUCGAGGUAAAAAAGUUGUUUUUGUUGGUGAUUCUAUGAGUAGAACACAAUGGGAGUCUCUUAUAUGCUUGCUUAUGACUGGUGUACAAGACAAGAAGAGUGUGUAUGAAGUCAAUGGGAAUGAGAUCACCAAACAAAUUAGAUAUUUAGGUGUUCGGUUUGGUUCUUUUAAUUUUACUAUUGAGUUCUAUCGCUCGGUUUUCCUGGUGCAACAAGGUUCUAUGCCAAAACAUGCUCCUAAAAGGGUCAAGUCUACACUGAAGUUGGACAAAUUGGAUGAUAUCAGUAACCACUGGAUUGAUUCAGAUAUUCUCAUUUUCAAUACAGGUCAAUGGUGGGUUCCAGGGAAACUUUUCAAAAUUGGUUGCUAUUUUCAGGUGGGAAAUUUCCUAAAGCUUGGAAUGUCAAUUCCUACCGCCUACAGAACAGCACUAGACACAUGGGCAUCGUGGGUAGAGAAAAGUAUUGAUACAAAUCGAACGCAAAUUUUCUUUCGUACUUUUGAACCGUCACACUGGAGUAAUUUCACUCGAAGAGUUUGCAAUGUGACCCAACACCCUGUGUUUGAAACCGAAGGCAGAGAACACAGUAUAUUCUCUGACACUGUUUUCGACGUUGUAAAGAACAUGACACUUCCUGUAACCGUGUUGCAUGUUACUUCAAUGUCAUCUUUUCGAAGUGAUGCACAUGUUGGUCAGUGGAGUGACAACCCGUCUGUUCCUGAUUGUAGCCACUGGUGCCUACCUGGUGUACCUGAUGUAUGGAAUGAAAUUCUCCUUUCAUACUUGCUUGAUGAUGAGCUUCAUGUCAGGUGAAUGGCAUAGCAAUUGAAGAAAAAAAUUAUUUAUCAAGACCGGUUCUUUUACAAGUUAUUAGUAACCGAAAACAAAACUCACUUAUGAAAACUUUUCCUGGUGGAAUAAGUUGCAACUUUGUGCCUCGGUGCCUUUCGACACGUCCUGAAGCUCUUUAUAAGCUCAGAGAUGCCGGCAAAUUCUGACAUGCCCUUUGUUUUCGGAAGGUAUAAAAAUUAUUUUACAUUUCUCUGUUAGGCGGAAAACGAACACAGAGAUGUAUCAUGUAUGGAACAGUUUUGUAGCAAGUUUUGUUUUCGAUUUGGUCAUUCUUUUUAGCAAUUCUUUUGUACCUUACAAACUAGUUUUUGGGUUACUGAGAGUCUGAGGUCACAGUUUUGUUCAUUUAUACAGGCUUGUGAUGUGAACAAUAAGUUUUGUUCUCAACAAAAAGGGAGAAAAGAAUUUCAUUUAUUUAUUUUA